UAACACGGAAAAUAUAUAUUUCCUGCCUCUUUCUCUCUUCACCUUUCCUACAUUCUUGUCAAAAGGUGUACAAGGCGUAUCAUAUCCCCAUAGAGGGGCUUUUGGUUUGGAAAGAACAAACUUUUGAGGAGAUUAAUAAUGUGUGACACAAUGUCUGGACCUCUUGAUCGACACACCAAAACAGGUGUUGAAGAACACUCAGAGGAUGAGAAGAAAACGAGGCUUGGAUCGCUCAAGAAGAAGGCGAUCAAUGCCUCCACCAAGUUUAGGAAUUCAUUGACAAAGAGAGGACGGAGGAACAGCCGUGUUAUGUCCGUCAGUUUUGAGGAUGAAAUUGAUGCCGAGGAGUUGCAAGCUGUGGAUGCGUUUCGCCAGGAGCUUAUCCUGGAAGAGCUACUGCCCUCUAAACAUGAUGAUCAUCAUAUGAUGCUAAGAUUCUUAAGGGCCAGGAAAUUUGACAUUGAGAAGACAAAACAAAUGUGGGCUGAUAUGCUGCAGUGGAGGAAGGAAUUUGGUGCUGACACUAUCAUGGAGGACUUCGAAUUCAAGGAAAUAGAUGAAGUCCUAAAAUACUAUCCACAAGGACACCAUGGAGUUGACAAGGAUGGCCGACCAGUGUACAUCGAAAGACUUGGUCAAGUCGAUCCUAACAAGCUCAUGCAAGUCACAACAAUGGACUGCUAUGUCAAGUACCAUGUUCGGGAAUUCGAGCGAACCUUCGUUGUCAAGUUCCCUGCCUGUUCUAUAGCAGCAAAGAAGCACAUUGAUCAGAGCACUACUAUUUUGGAUGUGCAAGGAGUGGGGCUUAAGAAUUUCAACAAAGCUGCAAGGGAUCUGAUCCAGCGCCUCCAGAAGAUUGAUGGCGACAAUUAUCCUGAGACCUUGAACCGCAUGUUCAUCAUCAAUGCUGGUUCUGGAUUUAGGCUCUUAUGGAACACAGUUAAAUCAUUCCUUGACCCGAAGACCACUUCAAAAAUCCAUGUUCUUGGUAACAAAUACCAGAGUAAGUUGCUUGAGAUUAUUGAUGCUAGUGAACUGCCAGAGUUUUUGGGUGGUACUUGCACUUGUGCAGACAAGGGCGGAUGCAUGCGCUCCGAUAAGGGUCCGUGGAACGAUCCAGAAAUACUCAAGAUGGUUCAAAAUGGUGAGGGCAAAUGCUCAGGGAGAACAUUAUCAGGCAUUGAGGAGAAGACAAUCUCUGAGGAUGACAAGGCAUUGACCAAGAUUUACAAGUACGACAACUUUGUACCCAUGGUUGAUAAGGUUGUGGAUGCAUCUUGGCAAAAAGCAGCACUACAAAACGAAAAAUACAACCUCACUAAAGAUGUUUUCUCCAUUAACCACGCCUUCAAGACUCCUGAAGGUGUAAGCAACCAGUUGUUUUCCGGGAUUGUGACCUUUGUGAUGGGAAUCGUUGCCAUGAUCCGCUUGACACGGAACAUGCCGAGGAAAAUAACUGAAGCAGCAGUCUAUGGCAGCCCCAUCUACUACAAUGACAUGAUGAUCAAAAGCCACCACCAGUUGCCUGCACCUGCUAUGAUCUCCCAUGCUGACUACAUGACCAUGAUGAAGCGCAUGGCUGAACUCGAAGAGAAAGUCACUAUUCUGAGCAUGAAACCAACAGUCAUGCCAGCUGAGACAGAGGGAAUGCUAAACGCCGCUAUCGGAAGGGUCAGCGCCCUAGAACAAGAGCUAUCAUCAACCAAGAAGGCACUUGAAGAUGCUCUUUUUAGACAAGAGGAGCUUGUGGCCUACCUUGAGAAGAAAAAGAAGAAGAAGACGAAGUUUUUUGGAAUUCUGUGAUUGCGGAAACCA